AUGUACAGGCCCGCCACUAAGAAUGAGUGGUGGUUUUGUGGGACUCUUUUGAUGCAAUUGUUCCUGGUCCUUAUCUUGGAAAUAUACAUCCUCCUUCAGUGGAAAUCGUGGGUCCAGCCCAAUAUCAUCCAAAUCGCCCCUUCCUACGUGAUUCCCGUGGGCAUGGGUAUUGUCAUUUUCGCGUGUGUUUACGAAGUCGGUCUAUCCCUGGAUGCAAUCCACCACAAAAACAAUAUUUCCUUGCUUGCUAUAUGCCUCACCAACGUCUGCAUUGUGGUGUAUGCAGUCCUGCAGUACAUUAAAAUGCGAGAUGUUACCUAUUCACUACAAGGGACAACGGACGGGAUGGGCAAUCACCUCGUGGAUUGGUCUCGGGAUAUCUGGCCAUCAAUGCAACCGGCUGAAGUAGCUAUUCAGGCUGUUCUAGCCGUUUCUUCGCUCGUUAUCAUACCUGCUGCCUAUCGGCUACACACGGACUAUGCUUGGGCAAUUUAUAAAUGCAUCCAUGGCAGCCCAGAGCUGCGGUUGCGGUAUCUAGCCUACGAGAUCUACUUGGUCCUAAUUAAACUCGAUUUCUUUUUCCUGACUGGCUUUAUCAUCCAGUAUGACCUGAUUGACGUGCAUUUCAUGGAGCCUGAAUAUUCCUUGACAAUGGCACUCAUUCCCGUUUCCUUACUGGUGAUGGUCGCCGGUACCUACUGCGUAAAGUCGGGGCUCAAACUUGCCUUGAUGGUUGUGAUCGCAUGCUACCUCGGAUCAGUUGCAUAUCUCCUUAGCCGGAUCGUUGUGCUUUGCGGUAACUCACUGCUUGGCAGAACUGCAGGCAAGGAAAUGAUGUUGUUUUUUGCCGCUGUCGCGUUGGUUCUUAUCGUACUUACUGUGGGGUGUGCAGUGCAAUGCAUCUUGAAUCUCAACUACGGGUUAAAGAUUGCUCCAGGCGACACGGCAACAGUUUUCCCGGUAGCCUGUUUUAGAGUCGGACUAGCGCCCCGGGUCAUUUCCGGAUAUCGUAAGGUGGGAAAGCUUACCAGGAGCUGA